AUGGGUUCAACAACAAGCGACGGCGUAACCCAGCCCGCCGCCCCCUGGGAAUCGACCCCUGAGCAUGAAGCCCAGAAGCCCGAGACGGCGACGAUAGACGGCCGAGAUGACCUGGUAAAGACCGACGAGGUAGACAAGUCAUACACAGCGCGUCGAAGUGUGGCACGGGCGUCAACGUCGGAACCUACGGACCUCGAAGACAAGGCAUCUGCCCUUGCAGCCAAAGCUCUCUCGUUUAUAUCCGAAGCGACGCCGGCGACUCUAGGUGGUGUUGCAAUCGCAGCCUCCGCCAUAAUAUAUGCCAUUCUGGGUCGAAUUGGGCUCUUGUUGAUCGGUGCAAUCGCCGGUGUGCUAGUGUUCAUCUCGCUAGAAAACAAGUACCCAGAUGUUAUUGCGCAGGCCGUGCGGGGAGAAAAGGGACCAGAAGUCCUCGAUCGGGUCUGGCUCGACUUGAAGCAAUGCAGAAGAGAUGAUUGCACCCAAGAAGGCGACGAAGAAGAAACUGCUUUCAGGUCCUUUGACGAUUUCCGACCAGAAACACGAGAUGCGCUAGGUGGGCUUGUGGACGCCAUCAUUCGGGACUACGUCAAGUGGUGGUAUAGUCCAAUUAUACCAGGCGACCACUCAUUCCCUCUGUCAUGUCGAAAGACGCUGAACUCGUAUCUGCUGUCCGUAUCCAAUCGAAUAUGCAAGAAACGACCCGCAGAUGCUUUCCUGGACCUACUUACGAACAGCUCCUCCAUCGUCAUCGCGCUGUUAUCGGAGCUUGCGGCUGCCUUCGCGGACGUACCUCCUGAAACGAACAUGACCGCCGCUGAUGCAGUGUACAACUAUUUAGCAUCUCACUCGGAUUCUCGACUUGCCAACCUUCUGAAUCAGAAACAGCAAGCAACCAAGUUUAGGAUGGUAGCUGAGGAUCUCUUGGGAUUUCUGGAUCAAGGCUCUCAAAACUGCGAUCCAGCCCGGAUUUUCCUACGGGAAGUCCUUGCAAAUUCUGUGCUUGAAACAACACUGCAGACUUGUAGCAAGGCAGAGUGGAUUAAUGGAUGGAUCGUGUAUCUCCUUGAGGCUGGCGAGCCCGACAUUAAUCAUGCCAUCGACGUCGGAAUGCAAACAGGCCGCGACAACGGGACGAAUGUAUUUGCAGACAUGGACGGAAAUGUAGGCAACGUUGGCAUUGCAAAACCCGUAGCGGCCCGCCCAAGCUUGGAAAUGGACCGGUCGCGUCGGAAAGAAUCACUCGGCCAUAAGAAAAAGCUGAGCAGAGCCGAUGAAGAGUUGGAAGGAGCCAUGGAAGGAGUGCAGCGGAUGAAUGCAAUCAUGUCCCGACGAGAUGAACGACAACAGCGGGACGAUGCCAGUCUGGACAUGACAGAUAAACCCAGUCACAGUGUGGAGUGGAGAUCAGAAAAUCAGAGGUCGCCGGGGAAGCCUGAAGAGCCGGUAUCGAGGGCGUCGGGCGAAAAGUCGUCUCCCAGAGGCACUUCGACGGACUCCACCAAGAGUGAGGCACAGAACACGCCUGUUACGCCCAGAUCUGGCAUUGAGUCGGCAAGCCAACAGUCGUCACCGCAACGAUCCAGUGAGCAGCCGUUUACAUCGUUUGACCAGAUUAUUCCGCCGGGUCAAUCGGAGGACAAUGAAGAAGAUGGUCCCAGAAAGGCCCCUCUUUCGCUUCACAAUGCCUCCUUCACACUACACGACGACGCCACAGGUGACGGCAGCAAGAUCCGCAGCAAACCUAGCUGGGACUAUUUAAUUCAAGUCGAGCCGUCGUCGUCGACACAUACCGGGUGGAUGAUCGUUCGACGCUACUCAGAUUUCCAAACUUUACAUGAAAUUCUGAGGAGAAUCGCCACUAUAUCGGGGGCCACUGCGUUUACGGAGCUCCACAAAGAGUUGCCAAGUUGGAAGAUGCACACCAGAGAGUCUCUGCGAGGCGAGCUUGAGAGGUACUUGAGGGACGGGUGCUGGUAUCAAUCACUAGCUGAGAGUGAAGGGAUGAAGCGCUUCCUGGAGAAGUCCCAGGGCCAUACACACGGCAAUCCCAAGUCUUUUGGCUGGGAGACUGUCGGCAAGAACAUGCUUGACGUUCUCAACAUUGCGCCCAAGGGCGCUGUGGAAGGAGGCAAGACGCUGGUUGGCGGUGUCAGCGGAGUGUUUGGCAAUAUUGCUGGCUUGACUAGAAAAUCGACCAGCCAGUCGGUUGACCUGACUCAGUCUGUUAAUCGGCUGUCAAUAUCUACGCCGCCUCGAGCGGACCCUGCAAGAUCUCCAGCGAGAUCAGACAGAGGUAGCCUGGACAGCCAACGCUCUUCAGUCAUCUCUACCCAGCCCGGAAAGAUGGCGCCAAUGUCGAGACGGCCCAGUUACCAGUCUGUAGGCGAAAUCGACGCCGAGACGGGGAGGACAGGUCGCCCUGCUGAGAGAAACGAGGUCGGACCAGGUCUCGGAAGCGGACGACCCAGCUUGGAGCAUAGCAGGGCGUCUAGCUUGGCAGCACUUCGGUCACCUUCAACCGCAAGUCUUGAUUUGGCGAAGCUUCCUCCGCCGCCAGACGAGAUGACGAGUGAUUACGAAUCGUCGCUGAAUGGCGAAGAAACGCAAACAAGACAAGGCGAUGGUGCGAGCACGCACCAAACCAUUCGUGGACUGCCGACCAGCUCUAGCGCGCCAUCCUUGUCGACGCUCGGUGGCGGUGGUGGGAGGAGGACGGCGACGAAACCUGCCAAACAGUACUCGCACAUGUCGGAACAAGAAACGAGGGUGGCCGUCGAGCUCCUGUUCGCCGUGAUCAACGAGAUGUACACUCUCUCGUCUGCGUGGAACAUUCGCCGCACGCUUCUGACGGCAGCCAAGUCCUUCCUGCUGAGGCCGGGGAACCCAUCGCUGCUCACCGUGCAGUCUCUGAUCCAGUCCUCUGUGCUUGACGCGAACACCUCGGACGCCGGCAUCGCAGCCCAGCUGCGUAAGCUUCGGGAGAACACGCUGCCAACCGAACAGGAGAGGGCCGCCUGGCCGGAGGAAAUGACGGCCGAUGAAAAGGAGAGGCUGGCAAUCAAGGCGCGCCGGCUUCUCAUCCAGAGCGGGGUCCCGGCAGCGUUGAUGGGUGUCAUGGGACAAGCGGCCACGGGCGAGGCCCUCGGCAGGGUGUUUGACUGCCUGCAGAUAGAGGAGGUGGCGAGAGGCUUGAUCUUCGGGCUCAUGCUGCAGGCUGUGAGGAUCUUGACGCACUGA